AUGACGUUGAGUGAGUUCAAGCCCCCGAACUCCUCGACCCCAGAGGUCGACUCAAACUCCGACCUCCUCCUGAUGGACGUGACGGAGGACGACCGACAGCUGGAGGUACUCACCGGAGCGUCGAAGGACUGGGACAAGGAGGAGACACCCAGCGCAGAAGCCCCAGGGAAGAGGAAGAGACCCACAAGGAGGGGAGGCAGGCAGAAGCAGAUCGAGGCAGCCAUCGCACGCCAAGCCUCAGCCGCCGCAGCCUCAGCGGCCGGUGCACCAACUGGGCAGAGUGCUCCUACCCUACAGGCAGCACCCCCACAGGUAGCACCCCCUCAGGUAGUGCAACCACCCCCAAAAAUCCCAGCAGGACCUCCACCACCCAUGCCUGAACCUCAGUGGGAUAUGCAUUGUGCAGUCCUGAGUAAAGGAAGAGGCAGGGGAAGGCUGCAGUACCGACACAUGGCACACACCAACCGCAGUCCCUCACCCCUCGGGGGCGAAUGGAGAAUAGUCCCUGCUCCCCAGUCCAAGGACCCUCAGCGUACCUCACGGAGGGCGAAACCCGAGAGACCUCGCCAGCAACCCUCUCAGGCUCGUCAAUCCCCACGUCGACGAUCCCCCGAGAGACCGACCCAGGGAACUCGGCCAACAUCUCCACGACCUCGACGAAAUCCUUCGCCAAGGCGAAGGCAUUCCCCGUCGAGACGACGAUCCCCCAGGCAAAGAGGCUCCUCUGACCACUCACGAGAUACUCCAGGCUUUCUGGUGAUUCUCAUGCUUAUGGCUAAGGAUCAGCUAGCUCACAUGAGAUUACCCCAAGCAUCCUGCAAACGGGAAUUCUAA